CUGGAGGCAGCUGCAAGUUUCCCUGUUCCUUCCUUCCCAAACAGUGCACUGUACCUGAAGGAUCUAGCAGCAACCUCCUUUAGCCAGCUGGGGAAGGAGCUGGCAGCCAGCAUUUUGCACUGAGGCAGCUGCUAGCACCAGGGAAAUCACGAUGAACUCUCUCUUCAGGAAAAGAAACAAAGGGAAGUACAGCCCCUCGGCACAGAAGAAGAGCAUCUCCAGCAAGGAGCUGUCAGAGCUCAUCGAGCGGUUGCAGAAAAAUGCCGACCAGGUGGAAAAGAACAUUGUAGAAGCCGACUCCCGAAUGCAGAAUGACUUACACAAGCUCAAGGCCGGCCAGCCUGCUCAAUACAAGGACCACACAGCAAGUAAACUGACCGAGUCAGAUAAACUCCUCUAUGUUCUGGAUGGGGAUGCAGCAAUUGCCAGGCACAUGAAACACCCACAGGGUGACAUGAUCACAGAAGACAUCCGGCAGCUGAAGGAGCGCGUGGCAAACCUGCGUGCGAAACACGACCAGAUCUACAACUUCACUCCGCAGGACGUGGAGCCGCAGGUCAACUGGUCCAAGGUGAUCGACGAGAAACAGGAAACGUUGAACAGCCAGGGCUUUGGGACCGACCUGCCGCUAGUCAACAGCCAAGUGGAAGAGCACAACAUCUUCCACAAUGAGGUGAUGGCCAUCGGGCCACAUAUCAGCAAGGAACGGGACAAGGAAUAUAUGAGCAGCCUCCAGGUGAAAUACCAGAAGCUGCUGUCAGGGUCCCAGCAGCGGCAGCAGGAUUUGAACUCCCUGCAGGAUUACAUGCAGCGCUGCACAAACAAGCUCUACUGGCUGGAUCAGCAGGCCAAGGACAGAAUGCAUUACGAUUGGAGCGACCGCAACCUGGACUACCCCAGCCGGCGCCGCCAGUACGAGAACUUCAUCAAUCGCAAUCUAGAAGAGAGAGAGGAGGCUGUCAACAAACUGCAUGCGGAGGGAGACCACCUACUAGCCCAAAACCAUCCUGGGAAGAACCCCAUUGAGGCUCACAUGGAGGCUGUCCAUGCUGACUGGAAGGAAUAUCUCAACUUGCUGAUCUGUGAGGAGAGCCAUCUGAAAUUCAUGGAGGACUAUCACCAGUUCCAGAAGAAUGCUACGGAUGCCCAGGAGCUGUUGAAGAAGGUGGACACAGACCUGGACCAGAAAUACAACCCUGACUUCAAGGACAGAUACCAGCUAGAGUCGCUUCUCAGGGAGCUGGAUGACCAGGAGAAAGCCUUGGACAAGUAUGAGGCAGUGGUGAAGUCCCUGCAGACGCACAGCCUGCAGGUGCUGCCUCUGAAGUACCGCCGGGAGAGCCCGCUCAAGCCCAUACCUGUGGAGGCACUCUGUGACUACGAAGGCGAGGAGGGCCAGGUUACCCGUGGAGCCCGCUACACCCUGACUAAGAACAACGGUGACGUCUGGGAUGUAACAGACAACUCAGGAAACAAGAUCCACGUCCCAGGGGUCUGCUUCAUGAUUCCUCCCACAGACCCCGAAGCGCUAGCUCUCACUGACAACAUUGCCAGUCAGUAUCAGAGCGUGAAGCAGAAGACAGCCUGCAGCAAGAAUGCACUACAGCAACGCUAUGAAGGGCUGAAGGCUGACGGUAUUGGAGAUGCUGCAUCCAUACAGGUGCGCCAGCUGCUAGCAGGAUUAGACAAAGUCAACAGCGACCUAGACAAGCAGGAGAAGGCAAUAACAGCAAACCUACGCCCCCCACUGGAGCACAACCGGGCAGUGCAGGACAGUGCUGAGCGCUCAAAGGACCUUAAGAACAUCUCCAAUGAGGUCCGCUGCAUCGAGCCUGAAAAAGCAAAGAAGAUCCAGGAGUGUGAGGCCUUUAUUGACACAGUGCCCAACACUGGCAAUGCUGCCUUGGUGAGGAACAAGGUAGAGGACACUAAGAAGAAGUACGACCAAGUGGUCCAGCUGCUCAGUGCUGCCCAGGAAAAGGUGGAUGUGUCGAAUCGCCUAGAGAAGAGCCUUCAGCAAGGCAGAGACCUGCUGUCUGCAUAUGAAAACAAACUGGUGAUAGAGGAUACUGUGCCAGAGGACUUGGGAGCCCUAGAUCAUAAGAAAGAGGAGCUCUUGGCCAUGGGCAUGGAACUGCAGUCCAAGAGGUCUCUGCUUAAUGAGGCAGAGCAGAAUUUGCAAAAAACAAAGACAUGCUCCAGCACCCUUGCCAGCCGCUUUCAGGAGCACUGCCCCGACCUCGAACGUCAGGAAGCUGAGCUCCACAAACUCAACCAGCGCUUCAACAACCUCAGCAAGCAAAUUGACCACAGAUCUCAGACCCUGCAGAAAGCAAAAUCAUCCUAUUCCACCUAUCGCUCCGGCUACAAUGAAGUCAACCAGUUCCUUUGUAACAUUCCGAACUAUGAGCCACAGGAGACGGACAACAUCCAACAAGUGGAAACGAAGCUGAAGAACCAAAUGACGCUGCUGGGUGAUAUUGCACGAAAGGAGCAGGAGGUACAGAAAGUCUCUGCUGAUGCCCAGCGGUACCAGCAGGCAGUGAAGGACUAUGAACUGGAAGCAGAGAAGUUACGAUCCAUUCUUGACAUGGAAAAUGGACGGAAUGGCUACAUGAACAAGAGACCCAGACUCCAGUCUCCAGCUGCCAAAGUGAAAGAAGAGGAAGCAAUUCUGGCUGCUAAAUUCACUGAAGUUAAUGCUGUCAAUAAACAGAGGCUGCAGAACCUGGAAUUUGCCCAGAAUCUCCUGAGGCAGCAGCCAGAGGUACAAGUGAUGCAGGAAUCUGUCCAGACUAGCAAGUCCGAGAGGCCGCAGGAGGAAGUCUGGAAAAUAAUGAAAGAGCUGGAUGACGAGAGUCAACGUCGACAGCAGCUAGAGGGGGAGAUCAAAACCAUCCAGAAUGACAUCCUCCAUCUACAGAAACAGAAGCCCCAGGAAACUGUGCUGAAGAAGGAACUGCUGAAGAAAGUGCCUGACCCUCAGCUGGAUGAGAGCUGCCAGAAAAUGCAGCAGAGCCUGGCAGAAGAGCAACGCAAGAACCAGGUGCUACAGGAUGAGCUGGAGGCCCUAAAUCUGAAACUGCGAGCCCUAGAGCAUGAGAGGAAGGAAGGGGGCCAGGAGUAUAUCAUUAAGGAGGUCCUGCGUAUUGAGCAGGACAAGGCACAAGCAGAUGAAAUCCUGAAAUUGAAAGAAGAGCUGGAGGACCUCAAGAGGCAGGAAGGAGCCAGAGAAAAUGAGGUCACCCUCCUGCGCCACCAAAUCACCGUGCUAUCUGAUGAGAAGAACAAAGAGCAAGAGAAGGUUACUGAGAAGGAGGUGGUGAAGCUGCAGAAUGACCCCCAACUGGAGGCGGAAUUCCGGAUGCUGCAGGAGAACAAGGAAAGGGAGAGCACCCUGAGGCAGAAGCAAGAGGAGGAGCUCAGCUACCUGCAGGACAAGAUGAAACGGCUAGAGAAGGAGCGGGCCAUUGCAGAAGGCAAGAUCACAGUCAAGGAGGUGCUGAAGGUGGAGAAAGACCUGGCAACAGAGAGGGAGGUAAACGAGCUCCGACGCCAGUAUGAAGACGAGAAGUCCAAGGGCCGUUCCAAUGAGAGGGAGAAGGCUGAGCUGCUCAGAAAGAUCCAGGUCCUGGAAGCGGAGAACGCCAAGGUGGUUGUCCAAGAAAAAGUACGUGAGAUAGUGCGCCCAGAUCCCAAGGCUGAAAACGAAGUAGCCAACCUUCGUCUAGAGCUGGUGGAACAGGAGAGGCGAUACCGAGGUGGGGAAGAGCAGCUGAAGAGCUGCCAGAAUGAGCUGGCUUACCUGAGGAACAGAAGUGGCCAGGUGGAGGUGAAAGAAAUUAUCAAGGAGGUCAUUAAGUACAAGACUGAUCCUGAGACCGAGAAGGAAUUGCAGAGACUCCGGGAAGAAAUUGUAGACAGGACCCGAGCAAUUGAGAGAGCUGAUCUGGAGAUCUACCAGCUGAAGCAAGAGAUUAAGACCUUGAAAGACACCAAACCUCAAGUGCAAAUGAAGGAAGUCGUCCAAGAGAUACUGCAGUACCGGGAAGACCCCAAGACCAGGGAGGAAGUGGAGUCCCUGAGAGCUCAGCUAGCAGAGGAACAAAAGAAGCACAUUGACUUGGAGAGGGAGAGGCUGCUCCAGGAGGAGAAGAUUAGACAGAAAGAGGAGGAACUCUCACAAGUGAAAGAGAAAGUGGUCCAGCAGGAAGUGGUGAAGUUUGAGCAAGAUCCUGCCUUGAAAGCAGAGAUCAACUCCUUCUCUCAGAGCAUUGAGAGUGAGCUGAAACAGAUAGACUCCCUGCGGGAAGAGCUGCGCAAGCUGCAACGGAAGAGAUCUGAGCUGGAGCGCCAGCUGGAGGAGCUCGAGAAAGAGAGGCAUGCCCGCAGAGAGGCCGAACUUGAGGUGCAGAGGCUGAAGGUCAGGCUGAACGAGCUGGAACAGCAGGAGAGGGAGACAACAGAGAGAGUAACCGUGAAACAGAAAGUGAUCCUCCAGCAAGACCCGCAGCAAGAGAAAGAACACUCUCUCCUCAAGCUGGAGCUGGAGGAAGAGAAGCACCGAAGGCAAGUCCUGCAGGCUGAGCUGGAAGCCCUGAGGAAGAAGCUCCUCACACUGGAGAAGAUGGAGGUCAAGGAGAAAGUAGUCUUUUCAGAGAGCUUCCAAGUGGAUAAAGGGGACACCGAAUACGAGAUUCAAAAGCUGAAGAGCAACCUGGAGGAGGAGAGUCGGCGUAAGAGGGAGCUGGAUGCAGAUGUCAACCACCUCGAGGCCAAACUAUCUGAGGUGGAGUUCAACAAUUCCAAAUCCUCCAAGGAGCUAGAUUUCUUGAGGGAGGAAAACCACAAGCUCCACCUAGAAAAGCAGAAUCUUCUGCUGGAAACAAGGAGGCUACAGUCUGAGAUUGAGCUCACAGCAACGGAAGCUCGGGAUUUACGGAACAUGACCCAGACUGACAGUGGGGUGAAUCUGGACUCCAGAUUCCAGGCCUUAGAGAGAGAGCUGGAAGAUCUCAAGAAGUUAUCCAGAGAAAAAGAUACAGAGAUUGAGCAACUUCAGAACCGCCUCAAGACAGUGGCCAUCAAGAGAGAACAGAGAGAGAACCACUUGCGGCGCUCCAUUGUGGUCAUAGACCCCGACACCGGCAGGGAGAUGUCGCCAGAGGAAGCUCAUAAACUUGGCCUCAUUGAAUGGAGCUUGUUUGUCAAGCUGAAGAGCCAGGAAUGCGACUGGGAAGAGAUCUCAAUAAAGGGGCCUACUGGGGAGUCCUCCGUGAUCCUCGACAGGAAGUCUGGCCAAGAAUUCUCCAUUGAGGAUGCCUUAAAGAGCGGAAAGUUAACCAUGGCUCAGUAUGAUCGUUACCUGAACAAGGAGAUGUCCAUCCAGGAGCUGGCGGUACUGGUGUCUGGAAAGAAGUAGUUACAAUGUUCCCUCCACUCUACAUUGAAACUUUUCUUACAGCAGCUUGCUCAGAGCUGCACCACUUGUUACAAUUCCAGAUUGCUGCAAAUCCUUUGUGUUUUCCGAAAUGCUAUAGCCUUUGCACAGUCCAACAUGAGGCUGCCAUGAAGUCAUGCUGCUUGCUGCAUCCAUUGCAUAAGAGCACUGCCAUGCCAGAGGUCGAAAAUGCAUUUGUCAACAUUACAUUAACCUUUCUUCCCCACUACAACCUUACCUAAGUACUCACACCAACAGAAAAUGAACAAAAUCAUCUUCUGAAGUUGUUUAUUAACAUGUGCUCUCAAAUUUAGCAACGGAAAAGAGGCUGCACAUUCCUUUUUUAUUUUUAUGUCAAGUAUGCACUUCUCUCUAGAGGAUACUGCAAAGCUGUAUAUAGAGCCACUGGAAAGAGACAAAAGGUCAAGACCACCCAGAACAGUAGAGGGAGCCUCGUAAGCCACUCACUCGUAUGAAAAUCUAGAGAGACACUUUCAUUAUAUACAGUUGAAUGAAUGGUGGUAUUGUCAUCUGAGAAAGGCAGCUAAGUGCACAAAAAAUGAAAUUUACAUCUUCAUAGUCAUGAUACUCAAAUCUAAUCAAAGCUGAUUCAGACAUACUUCUAUCACCUCAGUGCCUCUAAUGCCAAAGGAGGGGGGCACAAAAAGAAUUGUAAUUUGAUACAGUAAUUCCUAGAUUAAAAGGAGGUAUUUUCAUAUGACAUCACCAGAAAUAUGUAAAGAGAUGUCAAUAUUAUGUAGUAAAGCAUGCUCCUGUAACCUAAUGCAGAGGUGCCUUCUGAACAGUCAUGCUUACCUCAUUGUUAAAAGCCCCUCAUACCGAUAUUUUACUCACUAAAGUUACGUUCAGCUAUAUGUAUCAUUUAUUUGUGUAAGGGAAUGGGAAAUAUGGGGAAAUUCUAUUUAUAGUAUAAAAUAAAAAUGCGGUGG